AUGUAUCCUAUCCUUCCUUCCUUCCUACUUAACUCAAUUGCCCAUCCUCAUCUUUUCACAGCUAAAAGAUCUCCAUUUUCAUACAACAAUGAUACUAUUCAAGAACAGCAGGCUUGCACCUUCUUGCUUCUCAAUAACCAGCUUGGAUAUGGAACUCAGAGUGAUAUAGACUGUUUGAGAAGUAUAAAAGCUUCAUUGGAAGAUCCCUUAAGUAUCUUAGCCUCAUGGGAUUUCCAAAACAUGACUGAUGAAGGAUUCAUAUGCAAGUUUAUUGGGAUUGAUUGUUGGCAUGCAAACGAGAACAGGGUCUUAAACAUUCGCCUUUCCGAAAUGGAACUUAAGGGCGAGUUUCCUCGAGGUCUUGCAAAUUGCACAGCACUAACCGGCCUUGAUCUCUCGAGUAAUAAGAUUUAUGGUCAUAUCCCUUAUGAUAUUUCGACAAUACUUAGCUUUGUCACAAGCCUUGACCUCUCUUUCAACAAUUUCAGCGGUUCUAUUCCAGAGAGUCUUGGGAAUUGUUUAUUCCUCAACAAUCUAAACCUUAGUAACAACGGAUUGUCUGGACAAAUUCCUUCACAACUUGGCUCUUUGAGUAGAAUGAGAAAUUUUUGUUUGGCGAAUAAUUUCUUGAGUGGUCGUGUCCCAAAUAUAACAAGCGCAACCCGCAAGAGUUAUGAGAAUAAUAGUGGGCUUUGUGGUGUUCCUUUACAACGUUGUCGUCUGACUCCUUCGAAAAGUGUAAAAGUUGGAAUUUAGUUUAGUAUUAUUAGAAAAAAAACUUUUACUAUAUUGUAAGUGUUAUAUUUAAAUAAAUGUGAACAUUUUAA